CCUUUCUCACUUAGGAGACACACCAAACAACAAAUAAUUCAAAAGUAUUGAGAUCUUCCUCUAUUUCCCUUCUCUUUUCUGUCCAAACCUUGAUUGAGCUAGAAAGCUACACGGAGAUGGGCAGAAGCAGAUGUUUAAGCAGUUUCCUGCAGAGGUCUAAGCCUUACAUAGCUAUGGUGUCGCUACAGUUUGGAUAUGCAGGGAUGAACAUCAUUACCAAGGUUUCCCUCAACCAAGGGAUAAGCCAUUACGUGCUCGUGGUCUACCGGCACGCCUUUGCAACUGCUGUUAUAGCUCCAUUUGCCCUUUUUCUUGAAAGGAAAGUGAGGCCGAAGAUGACGUUUCUCGUGUUCAUGCAGAUCUUUGUUCUAGGUCUUCUAGGUCCAGUAAUUGAUCAGAACUUAUACUACGCCGGGUUGAAGUUCACUUCACCAACCUUCUCCUGUGCCAUGAGUAACAUGCUCCCGGCUAUGACAUUUGUCAUGGCAGUCCUUUGCAGGAUGGAGAAAUUGGACAUGAAGAAAGUCAGGUGUCAAGCAAAGGUGGUGGGAACUGUAGUGACAGUGGGAGGAGCUAUGCUGAUGACACUGUACAAGGGCAACGUGAUAAAUUUCAUGCGGUCGGGACAUGUCCAUGCUCGCAACGAUUCCAAUGUCUCUGCUGUUGCCUCGGACAAGGACUGGGUUAUGGGCUCCAUCCUCCUCAUAAUCGCCACCAUUGCAUGGGCUUCUUUCUUCAUCCUUCAGGCGGUAACAUUAAAGAGGUACUCGGCUCAGUUGUCACUGACGGCUAUGGUGGUCUUCUUGGGCACUCUACAGUCCAUAGUCGUCACAUUUGUUAUGGAACACAAAGCAUCUGUCUGGUCCAUAGGCUGGGACAUCAAUCUUCUUUCUGCCGCCUAUGCGGGAAUAGUGUCCUCAAGCAUAGCAUACUAUGUCCAGGGGCUCGUAAUGCAGAAAAGGGGCCCAGUCUUCGUAACUGCUUUUAGCCCUCUGAUGAUGAUCGUAGUUGCAAUCAUGGGUUCUUUCAUCCUAGCUGAGAAGAUUUAUGUUGGAGGUGUACUUGGUGCUGUCUUAAUAGUCAUGGGACUGUACUCUGUCCUGUGGGGAAAAUACAAGGAAUACAAAGAGAAGGAAGCGGAGGAGAUUAUUCCUGAGGCAAUCAAGGGAACUGAAGAAAAUAACAAUACAGAUAUCGAGAUGCAAAAAGAACAAAUUACUCCUUCAUCAACAGUGACGGUAGCUGUUGCUGUUCCGGUUCAACAGCUUCGAGUGAUAGCCGUGGAAGCACCGAAACCAAACUGAUUUGGAUAAAGUUUGCAUCCAAAUAAGGAAACUAAACAUGACGAGAAGGAGAGUGAUAGCAAAAGGAAAGAACAUGGCGAUAAAAGGAGGGAAACAGGAACUUAGAUUUCGUAUUUUCAUUAUACUUUUUCGAUGAGAGGAGAUUUUUGUGAUUUAGUUUCUCGGUGUUCUUUUCAUUUCACUUUUACAUUUGAUUUAACUCAUUCUAUCCGUGCCUUCCCAAGGUAUACUGCUGGUAUCGUUAUGUAAUACACCGUUGUGAUCUGGAAGAUCUGAAAGCAGUGCAAUCGAAAUUUCCAUUCUCUCUUUCUUAAGGUUUCUAUUUUCUGUUCCAGUUAAUGUACAAAUUCUUGGAGUUUCAUUCCUGCAGGACAGUGACAUGCCGGAACUUCUAUUAUCUGAUUCAGACGUCCCCAAGAGUCAGACAACUUCCUGUCAA